AUGUCAUUAAAUUAUUUGCAAAUCAAGUCAUCAUCUCUUUUAUUAUUAUUAUUAUUAUUGUUAUUAAUAUUGUUAUCCAUUGUUAGCGUUAAAUGUGACAAUUAUUGCAACUAUGAGCUAAUAGGCCGGACGUCCGCCCAAUUGAGUGCCUCAUCACAAAUUAGUGCCGAUAAGGCACCCAAAUAUGCUGUACUUCACGAGGGAUCAGUUUGGACGGCCGGACAAAACGACUUUUCCCAGUACUUGCAAAUCGAUUUGGGAAAACAAUACAAUAUAUCUGCCAUCGGAUCCCAAGGCAGACAACACACACAAGAGUUUGUCCAGGAAUUCAAGUUAGAGACCGGCAUCGAUGGACACGAUUUUUCAGUCUAUAGGGACAGAAACGGCAACAUUAAGCUAUUCAAAGGCAACAAUGAUGGUAACAAUGUAGUCAUCAAUCGGUUUGAUCCACCGAUUAUUGCUCAAUAUAUACGAAUCAAUCCGACCCGUUGGAGGGAUAGGAUCUCAAUGAGAAUCCAAUUAUAUGGAUGCGAUUAUCAUGCCAUUCCACUGCAUUUUGACGGCCAAUCAUUGAUACUGAUGGACCUUAAGAAGCGACCCAUCGAUGGUUCAUACGAUGAUGUGUUUCGGUUUCGUUUCCGAACCAAUGCGGCCAACGGCAACAUAUUGUACAGUCGGGGAACUCAGGGAGACUUUAUGGCACUCCAGUUGUUUCAAAACAAAAUGGUCUUUUCAAUUGAUUUGGGCGGCGGUGGUCUUAUUGAAGAGAUAUCGGCCGGCAGUCUACUCGAUGACAAUCUCUGGCACGAUGUCCUUAUUUCACGCCGCGGUCGUGACGUACUGUUUAGUGUCGACCGGGUAUUGGUUCGCCAUUAUCUCAAAAGUGAUUACAUGCGCCUGAAUCUCAAUCACGAUCUGUUCAUCGGUGGUAUUCCCAUCAAAAUUGAUAAUCCAAUGAAUACUAGAGAAAAUUUUAGCGGUUGUAUUGAAAAUCUGACAUUUAAUUCAACAAACAUUGCAUAUGAAAUACAAAUGGAUGAAAGAAACUUUGUCUACGGAAAGUUGGGUCAAAUACAGUACUCAUGUUUGUUUCCUCAAGUGGUUCCCAUAACAUUCAAUACGGGAGAAUCGUAUAUAAAAGUUGAGGGUUUUAUGGUACCAUUUAUGAACACUAGUUUUGAUUUUCGCACAUUCAAUGAGGACGGCCUACUAUUGUACCAUAAGUUUUCCAGUUCUGGCUUUGUUAUGCUAUUUUUAGAAAAAGGCAAAAUUGUGAUCAAAUUUCAAGGUUCAAACACACCGGUAGUUCAGUUGGAUCCGUUCGACCAGAAGCUAAAUGAUGGCUUAUGGCAUACCAUUGUUUUGAUACUUAGAAAAGAUAAUAUUGUCCUAUCAUUGGACGGAAUUCCCAGUAUGACUACCCGAUCAUUUGAUAUGUUUACCGGUCAGAUAUAUCAAGUGGGCGGAGGUUACCACGGAAUGUCAGGUUUUGUUGGUUGUAUGCGUUGGAUAUACAUUGAGGGCCGAUAUGUCAAUGUGGAGACAUUACCGCCUGAAAGGAUAAUCAAAUCCCAGGACACCGACAUAACGAUUAAAGCGUGUCAAAUGGUAGACAGGUGUCACCCGAACCCCUGUGAACACGGAGGUGCCUGUAAACAGGAUAAUCUUGACUUCUAUUGCGAUUGCGGUGGAACUGGUUAUAUGGGUGCAGUUUGUCAUGUGGCCAGACAUCCGUUAUCAUGUGCGGCUUAUAAAAUUGAUAACCCGAAAUCAAGGAAAGCCGAUGUCCAGCUCGAUGUUGACGGCAGCGGACCGUUAGAGCCAUUUUGGGCCACUUGUCUCUUUCCGAGCGAUGAUAAAUCGCAGAUUAUAAUACAUCACCGAAACGAAGAGGCGACUGAGGUUCGCGGCUAUAACUUACCCGGAUCUUACAUACAAGACAUCAAAUAUGACGCACCAUUUGAACAAAUUGUCGAAAUUGUCAACCGAUCCAUUGCUUGUCAGCAAAAAUUGAAAUACGAGUGUCUUAAUGCACGGCUACUUAAUACACCCGCACCGAUGGGCGCAGAAUUACAACCGUUUUCGUGGUGGGUCUCGCGAAACAACCAAAAGAUGGACUAUUGGGGCGGCUCUCUGCCAGGUUCCCGGAAAUGCCUGUGCGGUCUAUACGGCACGUGCAAAGAUCCCCGAAAAUGGUGUAAUUGUGACGCCGCUACUGAAUUAUUGAAUCAAAAUGAAUUUUAUGUGGAUGAGGGCGAUCUGACCCAAAGAGAAUACCUACCGGUGCGACAGUUAAGAUUUGGCGACACAGGAGGUAACUCACAGUCGCGACGAAUGGGUAAAUACACAUUGGGUCCACUUAUUUGUGAAGGCGAUACCCUGUUUGAGGAUAUCGUUACCUUCCGUUACGAAGACGCCACUAUUGAAUUAUCGCCGUUUGAUUUGGGACCAGCUGUUGAUAUAUAUUUGCAAUUCAAAACUACUGCCGAAUUUGGUGUCAUUUUUCAUCAGAGAGGACCCGAAGAUUUCAUAAAGUUGUCGAUAGUUAAUGGAAAGACACUUCAGUUUUCAUAUUCAUCGGGAAAUGGUUUACAACAAGUGUCAGUUGAGGCCUCCUAUCGACUCAAUGAUAACAAUUGGCACUCAAUAUUGGUCGAGAAGAACAAAAAAGAAGCCCGACUUGUCAUUGAUGGCCAAUUAACUAAUGAACAAAGACUCAGCACCGGCGCACUCGUCCGUCCAUUACAUUUAACGUCCCAUUUUGUGAUCGGCGCCACUACUGAGUAUCGGGAAGGCUAUGUCGGUUGUUUGCGAUCUCUAUUAAUCAAUGGAAUGGCCAUUAAUUUAGGCCGAUAUGCAUUGGAAGGAAUGUAUGGUAUAAGCAAAGGAUGUGUUGGCAAAUGUGAAUCCAAUCCUUGCCUUAACAACGGCACAUGUAUUGAUCACUACAAUGGUUAUGCCUGCGACUGUCAAUGGACAGCAUUCAAGGGUCCGAUUUGUGCCGAUGAGAUUGGCGUCAAUCUGCGAUCAGACAUAUAUAUUCGAUACGAUUUUGAGACAUCCAUUUCCACACUCGAAGAAUAUAUAAGAGUUGGAUUUACGACAACAGUGCACAGGGGUCUCAUACUUGGCAUAUCAUCGUUCACUGAUGAAUAUCUAAAUCUAAUGAUGUCUAAUAGUGGUCAUCUAAGACUUGUACUUGACUUUGGCUUUGAAAGGCAUGAGAUAAUCAUUGUAGAGGAAAACUUUGCAUUAGGACAACACCACGACAUUACUAUUAGGAGAUCAAAUAGAGGCUCACGUAUUACCAUUUGGGUGGACAAUUAUGAACCGAAAAUCUAUACGUUUAAGAUUAGUGGUAAAGCCGACGCACAAUUCAAUCGUCUCAAAAGUAUAUACAUUGGACGCAAUGAAACAAUGGAUACGGGAGAGGGAUUUAGUGGCUGUAUAUCAAGGGUUACGUUUGACGAUCACUUUCCACUCAGACGUCUCUAUCAAGAAAACCGAAGAGGAAAUGUCCAGUCAUUUCCAAAGGGUGUCGAAGUCUAUGAGGACACGUGUGGUAUUGAACCGGCCACUCAUUCACCCGAAAUGACCGAAACACGACCCCCACCUACUCUGGCUCCGGGCGAAAAAUUACCAGACAUUCCACAAGCAAUAAACACUGGUGCCAUUGUUGGUGGUGUUAUCGCUGCUAUUGUUGUGAUCAUAAUUAUCGGACUGUUCGCCAGUGGACGGUUUGCUGCCCGACAAAAAGGUGAUUAUGUAACCCACGAGGACAAGGGUGCCGAACAUGCCAUAGAUCCCGACACCGCUGUCGUUAAAGGAACCACAGGUCCCGAUGUGACCAAAAAGAAAGAGUACUUCAUUUGAACGAAAGGAUAGAAAGAAAGAAACGACAAUUUUUUUACAGAAAAUAGAAAUAUAUAUAUAUUUGAAACCACUUUUACAAAUGUUUUUUAAUUAAUAGAUCUGUUUUUUGUCUGUUUUUUAAUAAUAAUUCUGAAAUAUA